UUAAACAUUUUCUAAUGCCAGUAAAGGAUAGUAUGGCCUUCUCCAUCAGUAGCUAUUUCCUCCUUAUCAUUAAACCUGCAUAAAUAUGAUUGGUUGAUUCAUUUCAUUAAAUUGUAGAAGUUUUCACACCUGUCAUUUAAUGGAACCUGCUGUCAGACAACUAUUCCAAUAUUUCUUAUAAAGUUUCCUUAAACGCAGACUGAGAAUUCCAGUGGGGAAAAAAAAAAAAAUUAAAGUAGUUACAAUGUCAAGUCAUUAAAGUGCAAUACAGCCCACUGUUUGAACUCUAAGGAUCUCGGUCUAUGGCUGUAGCGCCCCCUGUUGAUCACUGGCAACUUGCUCCACACAGCAACCACUGUAAUAGAGUAGAGUCAACAACCUGAGACUCAGAUAUCUAAUAUGAAAGAUGAAAUCAGAUUCACUUGUCCAUUUAAUAUACGGCAGCAUCCUCUUCCUGUAUCAACUCAGGGUUAUACCUUAAUGGAGGGUGCUACAGCAGGUGUGGGAUUCGAGCCAAGAACCUUCAGGCUGCAAAGUGACAGCUGUAAACACUGUCUGUCCUCCUGACAUGACAGCAAUAAGACACUUUUCCAGCUAUAAAAACGGCUCUAAAACUGAUUUAUAAGCUGAAGCCCCGAGCUCCUAUUGCUGUGUACGCUUCAUUAUGGUCAUUAACCUUAAUUACUACAGUAAAAUACAGGGCGGUUUAAGUGCGUCUAACACUGCGAGGCAGUGAAGAAACAAACUAAGUAAUAAUGAUUUAACAGUAAUAAACAGCAAUAAAAAAUACUCUGUUUCUUUUCCAUGCGGUUUCCCUGGCUGGCGCGAGCCUGUCGAGAGCGCGCGUUUCUUAACAAUAAGGAAGCGCGUUCACGUGGCCCUUCCUGGUUCCACCAGCGUAUUCCUUCACCUUCUUCUUCUCCCAGGAAGGACAACUUGAAGCUGAACCUCUUUUCUUACAGUUAAGGUACAGUACUAGCGCGCGCCGCAGUAGCCGCGUUACAUUGUAUCAUUGUCUCUUCUCAGCUCAAGUACCUGCGCGGAUCCCGCGUCGCCCCGCGCGCUCAGCCGGUGCCAGACUAGUUUGUUAACUUAGUGAGAUCAGCGCUCGUGCUUGUCGGGAACCUUAACCACUUUCCUGAAGCAGCCGGGACCAAGCGAUGGCCGCCGUCAAGGAAGCCGUGCUGAAGAAGAUGCUUUCCAAGGCCUAUAAAUACAAGGACCUCACGGUCCAUGACGUCAGCGGUGUGAUCUCCCGGUACGCGGAGCUCAGGCCUCUCCGGGACGCUUACGUGUUCAAUGAUGGUUCUUCUAAAGAGCUCAUGAACCUCUCUGGAACCAUACCGGUCAGCUACAAAGGAAAGGUGUACAACAUUCCCGUCUGUCUGUGGCUGUUGGACACGUACCCCUACGCCCCUCCGAUCUGUUUUGUGAAGCCCACCAGUACCAUGGUGAUCAAAACAGGGAAGCACGUUGACGCCAACGGCAAGAUCUACCUGCCCUACCUGCACGAAUGGUUACCCCCCAAGUCAGACCUGUUUGGACUGAUCCAGGUCAUGAUUAUGAUGUUUGGUGAAGAACCUCCCGUGUUUUCUCGUCCCGCCGCGCAGCACCCCAUCCAGGCUUCCCCCCCAUUUGGACCCUCAAACUCUUCCUACCUGCCAGCUGUGUUCCCCUACGGCCCUUACAACCCGCCGUCCCCCGGUGGAUACCCAGGCUGCCCGUACCUCAGGAGGAGCUCAUACCCAGUUGUAAGUGGCCCCACUCCUGUUACUACUGCAGGUCCAAGCCGUGACGGCACCAUCGAUGCAGACACCAUCCGGGCCUCGCUGGUGUCGGCAGUGAGCGACAAGGUGCGCCGGAGGAUGAGGGAGGAGAUUGAGCGGGCUCAGGCGGAGCUGGACGCCCUGAUGAGGACCGAGGAUGACCUGAAGAAAGGCCACCGGAAGCUGGAGGGGAUGUUGUCUCGGCUGAACCUGGAGAUGGCGGAAGUGGACAAGAACAUCGAGCUGCUGAAGCAGAAGGACGAGGAGUUGAGCAACAUCCUGGAGAAGACGGAGAGCCAGUCGGAGGACAAAGACAUAGACGAUGUCAUCGUCCCAACCGCGCCCCUCUACAAGCAGAUCCUCAACUUGUACGCCGAGGAGAAUGCCAUCGAGGACACUGUCUUCUACCUAGGGGAGGCGGUGCGGCGUGGGGUCAUUGAUCUGGAAUCCUUUCUCAAGCAUGUGAGACUCUUGUCCCGCAAGCAGUUCCAGCUGCGAGCUCUGAUGCAGAAGGCCAGGAAGACCGCCCGCCUCGGCAACCUCUACUGAAACCCCCCCCCCCCCCCGCUCGGCUCGACCCCCUGUAUUUACUACUGUUGUCACACACGUUUGUUCGCUCCCUUCCCUCUGCCGAACUGGAAGCGAGUGCGUGAUGCGUACGGCCUCUGGUGCCUUCGUCGCUGGUCUACAACCGGUACAUCCAUAAUGAGGUGGUGGGUUCCAAGAUAACGAACAUGUGAUUAAAGGAGUCGGACGAAGAGGGCUCUGGGCAACAGAAAAAUCGGUCUUUGACCCAUUGUCAUAUUGUAAAGCUUUUAAUUUAUCCUUAAGCACAACCUUAUAAGCUGUUAUAAAAUAUGCUGAUGAAACUCGGGAGACUCUAAAUGGUUUUACUGAAAGGUAGGCUCUACACAUGGAUGGAAUCUUAACUAAAAUAUGAAGUAUGAUUUAUACAGUGUAUUCUUGGUAAAUGUGAUCCCUAUGCAAGGAUGUUCUUCAGAUCAUUUUCCAAUCAGUGUUUAAUGGUGUUGCUGAAUAUAGAAGUGAUUGGAACAUGGCUUUGGGUGUACAAAGUUUAAAAAUAUUUUUCAUACUAACAUUACAUUUUAAAGAGAAGGAAGAUGAGUGCAAUAUGAAGUUUUCUACAAAAGCAGCCACUUUGUAUGAACCUUUUCUUAUCCUCUGUUGCACUUUUAUUUGUAAUCGUACUGUUAAGUUUUAGUACCACGGUUACCGAGAAAUCACUUUUACUACGUAUCAUUUUUACCGCAUAGUAAUUUUAUGAAGUAAAUUAACGGCUAUGAUUAUAAUUUAAAUGUAACCUUUUAAAGAAUUA